AUGUCUCCAACAAACCUACAGAUUGGUGACCACACCAGCCACGACCUGGGCUUCACGCAGGCCGUGCUGCAGUUCGCCCCACAGAACCUUACCAUGGCUCUCCUCCAUCCCGAGAUUAUGGCCACCGUGUUCCCUUAUAUCCGUGCCAUCCAAGGCGACGGCACGAUCCUGUUCCACGAGCAGCACAUGGGUCGAGUGGAGGAGCCGGCGUGGACGCCUUUUCCGUGGUGCUUGGUCUAG